UCGGACGGGGUGAGAGAGAGAGAGAAGAGUCGCAUUGGCAACACUACUCUGCACCUCUCUCAGAAAAUAAAAAAACUUCGGAGAGAAAGAGAAGGAGAAAAUCCCCAGCUCCUCGUCCCAUAAACCCUAGUCUUGUUGGAUUCGCGCCAGAAGCCUCCCGAAUCCGAGCCCCUCGGAUGUUUCGGCUGCCUGCAGGAGCUGCGCGUUGCUUGGUUUGGUGAAAUUUGCCACUUUUUUUUGGCCCAGGACCUCUAGUUCCAGCUGUUUCCCGGUCCAAGUCUCCUCCGGUGCUCGCCAGCGUCGGAUCCGUCCGCGUUCCGGCCAAAGGUCUGAUUUUCCGCGGGGUUAGUCCAGCUUCGACCUCGAUUUGUCUACCUGAGUUGUGGCACGGCCACGGUGGUGGCGAUUGAGGAGGUAGUCGCGUCGAUUUGACUGGCGGUUCUUGCCAUUUGCGUGAGCCAUCCAGAGGCACAAAGGUUUAGCCGCUUGCUCGCGGCGUUUCUUGGCAAUCUUGGGGCGCUUGGUCUUCUGUGUGUCAAGAAAGCCGUGACCUUUCAGUGGUGCAAUGCAUCCCAAGGCUCGAAUCCACGCAGACCCGGUGCUCGAGGUCGACCAAUUCGACUGCCUGCCGGAUUCGCUCGUCCUCCUGAUCCUGAACAAGGUCGAGGAUGUGCGGUCGCUAGGCCGGUGCUCUGCCGUGUCGAAGCGGUUCUAUGGGCUUGUCUCCCUUGUCCAUGAUGUUUAUGUCAAGAUUGACCGCGUGGUGGCGGUCGAUGGUGACGCCGAGGACACGCUCAACCUCUCCUCGCCGAAGCCUCGGAACAUCUUCUCGCACUUCCUGAAGUUGAUGCUCUUCACAAUCAUCAAGCCGUUCCACAACAUGCGCAACCCGAAUGGCGCCGGGAGGCCACUGUUCCCUCAGCUCUCGCAGCACUCGCCAGCGCAGGUGCUCCGGAACUUCACGCACAUCCGGAAUCUUCGGAUUGAGCUGCCCUCUGGGGAUGUGGGUACUGAGGAGGGACUACUCCUGAAAUGGCGGGCUGAGUAUGGAAGUACACUUCAGAAUUGUGUGAUUCUGGGGGGUACCCGGGUUGACCGCAAGCCUGUUGGUGCAGAGCAUGAGCCAUCACUGGAGGAUAAUGGAAGCAUGCCUGAGUCUUUCUACACCAACGGUGGGCUGAAGCUCCGUGUCGUCUGGACAAUCAGCUCUCUGAUUGCGGCAUCAACGAGGCACUUUCUUCUCCGGUCAAUUAUCAAGGAUCAUCCCACACUUACGAGCUUGGUACUAACAGAUGCCGAUGGCCAAGGCACAUUGUGCAUGGGGGCGGAGCAGCUGAAGGAGUUUAGAGAGAACCAGUUGUCGGCAUCAGCAUGUUCCAACAGGACUCAGGUCCCAGCCUGCAACAUGAAGCUUAAGUACGCUCCAUACCUUGAGCUUUCUGGUGGUAUGGCGUUGCAAGGUGCUACAUUGGUAGCUAUCAAGCCGUCAACCGAAGGAAGCAAUGGAGUCCACAUCAGCCGUAAGGAAACCGAUGCAUUUGUCUCUGGAGCAUUUGAUGGGCCAUUCAAGGUUGCUGUGAAGGCGCUGAUGAAGAGACGCACAUACCUUCUAGAGAUGAAUGGCUUCUAAGCAUCUUGAGUUCUUCAGUGUAUCUAGCUUGUUGGUCCUAGGCAUGACCCACUGUACAUCUGUGUAAUAUUUGAGAAGCGCCAUCUCUAAUUGGUGACGCGGGUUAUGCUUGUCUGUGAUGUUAGCUCUUUGUACAGUGUGACAUUUGGUUAUAUGGAAACCAUAUCAAGUUAGUGUA